UAACAGUACAGUGCUGCCUCCCCGCACAAGCAGGUGCUCGAUGACAUGUUGCCUUUGAGUUAACGUUACCCUGUAUUUGCAGUAUUUUUCGGAGCUCUCCAUAGGCUCUGAGAGACCCUGGACGACUUUGUGUGAAAUGUGCUGGUAGUUUUAUUCACUUUUGUAACGUUAGACAUGGAGCCUCCGGAUUUCGAAGCCCUGAAUUUCACGGCGGAACCAGUAGCGGCAGCGCACCCGAUAUGUGAGGAAUGGAGAGGCACCCCGGAGGGCUCCGUGUUCCACCUCGCCAAUAUUUUCCUUUUCCUUGGCUUCAUGGGCGGCAGCGGCUUUUAUGGACUCCUCUACCUGUUCACCUUUCUGACUCUGGGCUUCUUCUGCUCCACUAUUUGGGCAUGGUCGGACUCCUGCACAACGGACUCUUUCCUGUGGAGUUUCGCACUCUUCGGGGUGUGUUUGGGACAAGUCCUGCAUGUUUCCUAUCGUCUGAGAAGCGUCUCCUUCGAUAAUGAAUUCCAGGAGAUUUACAACUGUAUGUUUAAAAAACUGGGAGUGUCGCUCACACUUUUUGGGAAGAUAGUGGCGUGCUGUGACGGAGACAUCCAGACCAUAGAGAGGGACCACUGCUUCGCCAUAGAGGGAAAAACCGCUAUUGACAAGCUGUCGGUGCUCCUGUCUGGCAGAAUCCGUGUGACAGUUAAUGGAGAGUUUCUGCACUACAUCUACCCUUUCCAGUUUCUGGAUUCACCUGAGUGGGACUCUCUCAGACCAUCAGAGGAGGGUGUAUUCCAGGUGACCCUGCAUGCUGACAACCCCUGUCGAUACGUGGCGUGGAGGAGGAAGAAACUCUAUCUGCUUUUCGCCAAGCAUCGCUACAUAGCUAAGAUCUUUGCCCUGGUUGUGCGCAAUGACAUUGCAGAGAAGCUGUACUCCCUCAACGACAAGGCUUACGACGAGUCCGGGCACCGCUAUGAUCUCCGCUUACCGAGUUACAUACCAGGGACCGAAUUAGAAAAGGCAGAUGUCUUCCUGCAAGUGCCGGUGCAGGGGGCAAAGACUGCCUGAACGCACGCACACACACACGCACACACACACGCACACGCACACGCACACGCACACGCACACGCACACACUGCUCCAAGCCAUAAACAUGAAGAGCCCUAGCUUGCAUCUUGCAUUUAAGUGUCACUUCAGUGCAAUUAAAAACGCAGCAAAUGGCCGCAGGUCAUUUGCUGCAUGUCAGGUCCGCUGCGUCGAGGAGGUCCGCUGCGUCGAGGAUUAAACCUCUAUACUGUAUAUGGGCGCCGGCUCUACCAACUGAGCUAUCCGGGCGCCCAGAAUGCUGUUUAAGAUUAUUUUUUGUGGGCUUUUUGUUAUUAGAUAGUGUAUAUAGAUAGGAAAGGGGAGGGGAUGACACGCAGCAAAGGGAAGUGGGUUGAAUCACCUAUAGGCACUUUUACCCCAAAAAAUGAUAGUGUGCUUAGUUCAUUUGUUGUUUGACUCUGUGUGGUUUCAAUCAUAUACUGGAGCAGAACACAACAGAUCUUUACUACUUCACAGACAGGCGUCUCGCAUUUUGGCGUUGUCAGUCUCAGCCACGCAACAAUAAAAUAAAACGCCUAAGGCUUUGACUGAGGAGCUGAUUCGUCAUUAUCCACAGAAAACGUAGAGAAUUUAACUGAGGAGAGUUUGUGAGUGUUUGUGUGUAUUGAAAUGGUUUUAGGCUCAGAUUAUCCUGUUAAACAUCCACGCUUUGUCAACUUUAUGUUUUUUAGAGAACCAUUAAAAGCUUCAAUUAAAAGCAGCUACUUUUGAUGUUUAAGUACAUUAUGAAUGUAUAACCUUGUCAAAUGAACAGGAGGCUGCAGAUGUCCUGUAGUGUGUAUUAUUGACAGAUUAGAUCAGUGCCUAUUGUUAAUGUAACAUUGUGCAGAUGUGAAACGGAGAUGUGUAAAUAGGCUUAUUGUGUCUAUAUUGGACUGUACAAAUAAAUUAUACUUUAUUUUA